AUUGAUCAGUUGUUCGCAGAAGGGAGAAUUGCCAAAAUCAUCGUCGGAGAUAGGAUAAGCCAUAAUGGCCGGGAGAAAUCAUAUGCCUCGACAUCCUUUGAACGAGGGGCAGCAUGGAUUCCCCCCUGAAGGGCCAUUUGUGCGGGGCCUGUUACGUCCACAACCUCAUCCUGUUCUGCUGGAGGAAGAACUUGAAAUGCAGCAUAUCGAAAUGCGGAGGCUUUUGGCUGAAAAUCGAAGGCUAGCUGAAGAUCGUAUCAGCCUGCAUCAGGAGCUAGGUUUCACAAAGGAAGAAUUGCUACGUAUGAAUGUUGCCAUUGCAGAUAUUCAUGCAGCGAGAGAAGCUCAUUCAAGAGAACUUAUUGAGAGGGGCUUGAAACUGGAAGCUGAUCUACGAGCAGCUGAGCCUUUAAAAAAUGAGGUUAUGCAAUUGCGUAUGGAAGUUCAGAAGCUGGAUACCUCAAAGAAGGAUCUGGAUGCACAAGUUCAGAACCUGACACAAGACUUAACAAGGUUACAAGUUGAUAAUAAACAGAUUCCCUCUUUGAGGCAAGAGAUUGAUGCGCUACGCCAGGAGCUUAUGCAUGCUAGAACCGCUAUCGAGUAUGAAAAGAAGGCAAAUUUUGAAUUGAUGGAACAGAGGCAGGCAAUGGAGAAGAACUUAGUUUCCAUGGCACGUGAAGUUGAAAAGCUACGUGCAGACCUUUCACGUGUUGAUGGUGGUAGACCAUGGGCGGCGGCUGAAGAUGGAGCUUACGGAAUUAAAUUCAGCGGUCCUGACGGAGGGUUUCCUUCUGCUUAUGGGAAUGCAUAUGGGGCUUAUCUGGGUGUUGCUGACAAGGGUCAUCUUUAUGAUGCUGGCUCUGGUUCAUGGGGGCCUGAGAAUCCCCGCCUUGCACGUCGCUGAGAUCAGGAUAUUUUCAUUUGAAGUGGAAGAAAAGCACCCAGUAUUUUGUUGCUUUCCUGUUCUUCAGUAUUCAAAGGUCUAGGAGUGUUAUGUUCAUCAAUAGGUGCAUGUAACAUCAGUUAUCUACUAAGGGAAUGUUUUUAGAAAAUCAUAAACCGAGCUUAAAUAGGAGUUGUGUUGUACUUUUGGUUUUUGGGCUAAAGAAAUUGUUUCCUUUUACAGUUGUGGUGAUUGUGAAGUUUCAACUAGGUUAUUCUGACUCAAGUACUCCCUAGGAGAUUAGGAGAACUUUCUUGGGCAUACUACCAUCUGGGAUUCUAUAGCUAUUGACCUUGAUGUACGUUACUUAAAUAGUGCAUAUCUUCUCAUCUUGCA